AUGGCGUCUGCAUCUAGCCAAUCUGUUUACCGGGCCACCACCACUGCUCCGGUGAACAUUGCUGUCAUCAAAUACUGGGGCAAGCGCGAUACCACUCUUAACCUUCCGACCAAUUCAUCCCUCUCGGUCACUCUCUCUCAACGUUCUCUCCGUACAUUGACCACCGCCUCCUGCUCUGCCGACUACCCAACUGCGGACACCCUGAACCUGAACGGCAAGCCGCAGGAUAUCCAGUCUUCCAAGCGAACACUCGCUUGUAUCUCCAAUCUUCGUGCCCUCCGCAAGGCCCUUGAGGAUGGCGAUGCUUCCCUUCCCAAACUCUCCGCCCUCCCUCUCCGUAUCGUCUCCGAGAACAACUUCCCCACCGCCGCGGGUCUGGCCAGCUCCGCCGCUGGCUUUGCAGCCCUAGUCCGUGCCGUUGCUGACCUUUACCAACUGCCUCAGUCUCCUAAGGAGCUGAGCCGCAUUGCGCGUCAGGGAUCUGGAUCCGCCUGCCGCUCCCUGAUGGGUGGAUAUGUCGCAUGGCGCACGGGCGAGCUUGCCGAUGGUAGCGACAGUCUGGCUGAGGAGGUUGCUCCUGCAUCUCACUGGCCUGAGAUGCGGGCUCUCGUUCUGGUUGUCAGCGCCGAGAAGAAGGACGUGCCUAGCACUGAGGGUAUGCAGACCACUGUGGCCACCUCGGCUCUCUUCGCCGAGCGAGCUCAGAACGUUGUUCCCGAGCGUAUGGCCGCUAUCGAGACCGCCAUUCAGAACCGCAACUUCCACGACUUCGCGGAGAUCACCAUGCGCGACUCGAACACUUUCCACGCCACUUGCCUCGACUCAUGGCCCCCUAUCUUCUACAUGAACGACGUCUCGCGUGCUGCCGUCCGCCUUGUGCACGAUAUCAACCGUGUUGUUGGCCGGACUGUUUGCGCUUACACUUUCGAUGCUGGCCCAAAUGCUGUCAUCUACUACGAGGAUAAGGAUUCUGAGCUUGUGGCGGGCACUGUCAAGGCCAUUCUUGGUCCUAACACCGAGGGCUGGGAGGGUGCAUUCUACGAGAGACUGGCCAACGUCACUGCUCCUGGUGUUGCCUUGGAUCAGGUUGAUUCCCGUGCCGUCGAAGUUCUGAAGGACGGUGUGAGCCGUGUCAUCUUGACCGGUGUCGGAGAGGGACCCAUCAAGGUUGAGGACCACCUUGUCAGCGAGACUGGUGAGAUCCUCUGCACCCUAUAA